AUGUCGCCGUGGUGUUCUGCCCGCGACCGGCAGGAUGAGAAGAGUAUUGCGACGCCGGGUGGGGGGCUCUGGGCACCUCUUGUUGCUGAGAGGUUGUAUUUGUCGGGGCUGUAUGGGUGGUGCAGUGGAAGCUGGGCGAAGAGGAGUGACGUUCCCCAUAAGGUUGCUGCUGGGAAGCCAUUUGGAAGGACUGGUGGGGGCCGAGGGAGAAUGUUUCUCUUGAAGAUAAUCGAUUUGCGUCCGGGUGGGCACGAGGCACGAGGCACGAGGCACGAGGGUAAGGUGAAUCCUGCUGCGCGGGGGAGGUCGAUUUGGGGUUUCCCUGGUCGUUAUCUCAGCUUCAUCAACUCUAGGCUACAUAGUCUACGACCGAUGGAAAGUUUGCUCAGAAAGAGCCGUCCAGAAGUUAAGUUCAGAGCCUUUAUUCAGUACUUGGGAUCGGUUUUGGGUGAUGAACGCAGCGUCUUCUUUGAGAACGGGGUGUCCUCGGGAUUUGAGAAAACAAGACAGGAGAAAAUUCGAGCCGAGGCGAAACUGAGCAAAUGGUCGAUGGAUGAUCCGUAUGGAGAUGUAAGCUACAGGCUGGGUUUGACGGAUGGCACUGGAUGUCAAAAGCACCAAUGCGAGUUUCGUGAGGAGGCCUUAGAAUCGAACAUUUCUUAUUUCUAUCCACUAUCCGGGCUUAGAACAACUCAGGUCCCUUCAAAGCUCAACGGUUCUGCUGGCAUCUGCGCUAUGCAGAUCGCAAAACUACUUGAUAAUUAUCUCAGGACCUUGGCUUCUGGCUCAGAGUGA